UAGCACACCAAUCCUUCUCGUUACCAUCUUACAUUACUCCUUCAAAAACGCACGUGCCUUUGACCCUUCCGACCGAAGAAGCUUCGGAAAGGUGGCGCUCUGCUUACAAGCCCUAAUCUUUCUUCCUUUCUCGCGCUUUUCAAGCGGGCAAGUAGUGCAGUGAUCGAAGAAUUGCAGCGACAAUUGUAAUUUGGAACCAAGUUCCAAACCCAAUUCACUUAUUCAGUCUUGCUGCGGGGGAUUCUACUUCUCGAAUUAACGAUUUGAAGUAUUAAACCCUAUUUUGAUGCGAAAUACUGCUCGCUUUUAUUCUGUCAGUUAAACUAGCGUACUGUCCAAGUAGUGCAGUUCUCCGAGAUAGGUCUUCGUCCACUUUAAUCUGUGAUCCCAAGAAUUAUGUGGUUAGAUGAUGGUCACUGGAAAUAUGGCACGCCAAUCCUUUUUCUUUAGCCUCGCCGAUACCCAUGUUUUUGCUCUGCCCUUCUUCGUCAAAAUUUAGUGUUUCGGUGGAUGUCAGCUGGCAUAGCUGAGUGCCGUUGCUGGAAUUAAUGCGCUUUGAACAUACAUUAGGGCUUUGAGUUUGGGAUCGAGUUUUGAAAAGUUAACUAGAUCCUAUAUGGGGUUCAAUAAUUCUCUCUUAUCUGAUGAUGCUUUAAUUCUGAUCAUAUAGACAAUUUCUGGCCGCAGGAUGACAGCAGCACAGUGUUUUACUACAGUGGAUACGCUAGAGCAGAAAUUGCAGAUUGAAAGAAGGCUUGGAAGUGUGAAAGCAUGCGAGUAUUUUAAUCUUCUCACAAGAUUUCUUUCUUUCAAGAUUAGCAAGCUCAAAUUUAAUAAGCUCUGCAUAGCAAUUAUUGGGAGAGACAAUGUCCGUCUCCAUAACCAGCUGAUCAGGUCAAUCAUUAAAAAGGCAUGCCUUGCCAAGUUACCCACAAGUAGAAAUGGCAGAGUAGAAUGUUCACUGAGUGUUAAAAUUCCAAAUGGGAAUCAAAAGAGUGAUCUUCAGUCACUAUGCAGAGACUUACUCCAAUCUCCUCGAAAAAUGAGGACGCCAAAUUUACGUGACCGCAGAUUCAAGGAUCGUUCGAGCCCUCAUGGUCCCCAAGGGAAGAACCAUAGCAUUGUAUGUGAAGAUUCUGUCCUUAAAAUUCAUGAGCAGCAAGGUACUGCCGAUCUAUAUUCUGUAGGGAGCAUGCCCCCUCUCUCAGCAGAUGAUGGGGAGGAGGUUAAUCAAGACUCUGGAAGCCCACUCGAUUAUAGCAGGAGUCUGAUUACAGCUCCUCUUGGAAUUCCCACAAACAGAAAAGGAGUUCGAAAAGUUUCCUUUAAUGUAUUAGCAUGUUCUUCGGCCACUAGCACCUGUCAAGACAGCGGUCAACUGCCUGAUACCAGUUCCUUGGUGAAAAGGUUGGAGCAUAAGUUGGAAAUGGAGGGAGUUAAAAUCUGUGUGGAUUCUGCCAACUUAUUGAAUAAUGCUGUUGAUGUUUACCUCAAAAGAUUGAUAAAACCCUGUUUGGACUUAGCUGUUUCAAAAUCAGUUGACAAAAUUGGUGGUCAAAUCCAACAUGGUCUGAGUGGGUCGUCAAAUAAUAGAUAUGUGCAAAAGCCAAGCGAGACUGUUUCUGCAUCUAUUUCUGAUUUUCGGACAGCAAUAGAGUUGAAUCCUGUUAUACUUGGAGAAGAUUGGCCACUACAUUUUGAGAAGGUUUUCUUGCGAGAAUCAGAAGAGUGAGCAGAAAACAGAUUGCAUAGAAUGGAAAAAUAUUUUCUGUACAGAUUUCACGGCUGACUAUUUUAGCUUAACACUUGUAAGAAUCCUUCUUACAGAACAGGAAGAGAUCUCUUUGAUUGACACCUUUUGAUUAUUUGUUCAUUUUUUAUCCAUUAUUAACGAAGCUUAUUUCAGAAGUCAGAACCAAAGUUCUGUUUAUCAGCCUCGAGUGUUAUAGGGUCAUUGUUUCAUUUUAUGGUGGGAUGUCCCAUGGUUUGAGGGGGCGGGGGUGUUGGAUUAUAUCUGUCUGCUUAUAUGAAGUUCUCUUCAGAAUUAGUAUCCAGCAUGGAGCUGUGCUCUUUAGCAUAUUUUCAUUGCAUGGAAAGUGGUCAUGUUUGACCGCUAAACUCCUGGUCUUUGUCAGCUGAUUGUUCAAUGCAGAGAAAGGGAAAACAAGACGAAAAUGUCCAUAUCAACAAAUUCUCCUCGAAUGGUAAUAUAAAUAGACGUUUAGGUAUGUAAUUUACUCACAGUUGCUGAUGAAAAUAGUGAUGAUGGCUGUGUGUAUGGAACAGUUCUCUCCUGCAAUUUGAUCUCCAGUUGGUGA